CCCAGCGGCGGCUGGGCUAGGCUGCCGGGUGAAGGUGGAGGUAGUCCUGGGCCCGGGGCGAGGCCUCGCGGGCCUUCAGGUGCGGCCUGCUCUGUGUACGCAGGGUGGCGUUCGUGCCGACGGCCGUUUCCACAGUCUGCUCGCGACCUGGCGUCUCAGUGGCCGGGUGAGGGACUAGACGGCGCCCGGCAGCUCGAGUCCUAGGCCCGCCGUGGAGCUACUGGGAAGAUGCUACCAAGUACUUCUUUGAGUUCUUCGAUGCACGGGAACGGAGUAUUAAAUUCCAGGGAUGCAGCAAGGCACACAGCUGGCGCGAAACGCUACAAGUACCUCAGAAGGCUUUUUCGAUUUCGGCAGAUGGACUUUGAGUUUGCUGCAUGGCAGAUGCUCUACCUGUUCACCUCCCCUCAGAGGGUUUAUAGAAACUUUCACUACCGGAAGCAAACAAAGGAUCAGUGGGCCAGAGAUGACCCUGCCUUUUUGGUCCUCUUAAGUAUCUGGCUCUGUGUGUCCACCAUAGGAUUUGGCUUUGUGCUGGACAUGGGAUUUUUUGAGACAAUAAAGCUGCUCCUGUGGGUCGUGUUCAUAGACUGUGUAGGUGUUGGCCUUCUCAUAUCAACUUUAAUGUGGUUCAUCUCAAACAAGUACCUGGUGAAACGCCAGAGCAAAGACUAUGACGUGGAGUGGGGCUACGCCUUCGACGUGCAUCUGAACGCUUUCUAUCCACUCCUUGUCAUUCUGCAUUUUAUCCAGCUCUUCUUCAUCAACCAUGUUAUUCUCACAGACACAUUUAUUGGAUAUUUAGUUGGAAAUACCUUAUGGUUGAUUGCUGUUGGCUAUUAUAUCUAUGUGACCUUCCUGGGAUACAGUGCACUGCCAUUUUUGAAAAAUACAGUGAUCCUGCUCUAUCCAUUUGCACCUCUCAUUGUGCUGUAUGGGCUCUCGCUGGCGCUGGGAUGGAACUUUACCCACAUGUUGUGUUCCUUCUACAAGUACAGAGUGAAGUGACAGCAUCUUAGCCAAACUGGUAUUGGGAUGAGUUCUUGUAAAUCUGUAAAUAGACUCAAGAUGUAAAGUUUUACAAAUUCAAGGUGAUAUUAACACUUGUCUAGACCAUUCCUUAAAACUAAAUGUACAUUUCUAAUAAAUAUUUUUAAACUAAA